AUGCUUGCUUCAGAGACCGACAAGGAAGCCCGCGAGAUCAUCGAACUGGAGCUUAGCGAUGUGCAGGCCCAGAAGAAGCAGCUGGAGGAGGAGGCCCUAGGGAUGCUGCUGGAGCCGGAGCCCUAUGCGGACUGCGAUCGGGUGACCAUGACCUUCCUGCCUGGCGUGGGCGGCAGCGAGAGCGCACUGUUCGCCAAGGAUCUCAAGGAGAUGUACGAAUGCUACUUCGGGCACGUAGGCUUCAACUCCCGAGUGCUGCAGGAAUUAACUGACGCAAACGGGGGGUUCAAGAGCUGCUCGCUGCGGGUGAGUGGCGACUGCGCCUACGAAAACCUGAUCUGCGAGAGCGGGGCUCACAAGGUCAUCCGCGUGCCAGAGACCGAAACGAAGGGCCGACUGCAUUCCUCGGCGGCGAUAGUCAUCGUCCUGCCCGAAGUACCCAACAACUACGUGGUCAACGAGAAGGACAUAAAGUACGAAUUCAUGCGCAGCGGCGGGGCAGGCGGGCAGCACGUGAACAAGACGGAAAGCGCGUGCCGGGCCACCCACAUUCCUACUGGGCUGUCGGUGCAUAUCCAGGACGAGCGGCAGCAGGACCGCAACAAGAUCAAGGCCACCUCCAUUCUCAAGGAAAAGGUCUUUAGGCAGCACUACGAGGAGGUGAUGGCUGAGCGCAACCGCAACCGCAAGCUGCAACGGGGCACUGGUGACCGCUCCGACAAGAUCCGCACCUACAACUUCGCGGCGGACCGGAUUUCGGACCACCGGACGGGCGUGACUCUGCACGGGAUGGAGCGGAUGCUGGCAGGCGAGUACGUGGGCCAGCUGAUCGCAGCCUACCAGGAGAUGCAGCAGAAGGAGCGAAUGGAGCAGUUCUUAAGAUGA